AAGCUCAUCAAUCCUUACAGUAGAAUGGAUGUGCUGCAGGGUGAGAGUUGUUUGACACAACCCUUCCUUCUGCUUUGGUACUAUCAGAAGCAACAUCAGCUUCCGACUGCACAUACUCUCCACACUCCAUUACCUUUAGCGGGAUCAACGCUGUAGUCGCUAAAAUAAGGUGAGCUAACAGGGCGGGAUCGGUACCGUACCUUCCAAGGAUGUGGAGGCUGUGAGUGAGUGAGUGAGUCUUUCCUCAACCCCGUUGCUGUUUCUGUUGCUGUUGCUGUUGCUCAUUCCAUCCCCAGAUCACACGGGCCUCCCGGACAAGCAUCCGCGCUUGCUUCACCUUGAGGUCAAGCUACCAGAGGCUCCCUCCCGCCUUCCCCCUCCUCUAGCUUAUCUUACCUGGUGUCUCAGUCACACUUGGAUACAUAAACCCUCCUUCCCUCCCUCCAAUUGAACCAUCCAAUUGCUUCCACUUAUACCUGUGCCUGCCUGUAUCAUCUAUCCAUUGCAUCCGUGGACCCUCCACUCUUCUCAUCGCCUGAUUAGACUUGGUCACCGCUAUCCGUACACUACCUUACCUUGCCUUACCAACCACACUCAAUCAGAUCCAUACCUACUACGCCAAACGUAUAAGUAGCUGGACACGGCCAACACCUUGCUACCACCACAACAAACCUCUGUGUCUUUUGUCACAUACAACUCUAUCACAAUGCCUAGAAUCACCGCUCCCGUCUCAAAGCUCACUCGCUCUCUGGCCGAGUCUCAGCGCCAUGCCGGUAUCGCUCUCAUGCCCAAGUAUGCCGAGCUCCUUGGAGCUUCUUCAGAGCAGUCCCAGCACUCUGAGUCCCGUGGUCUAAAGACUACCCACCGCCCUACUCCUCAGCCAUCUCUUUCUGGUCGCCGAAGGCCACUGAUGCAGAGCUUCCAUUCUUCAACACCUUCUCGUGCUCCUGUCAACCACGUCGACAGCACAGUCUUGCCCAAGAUUCACGCUACCCCCAACUUCAACGAGCCUCUCCCUCGUAUGCCUCUUCUCCCUGACAACUAUGGCGCCUACCACAGCUCAAUGUCCGAUGCCGCCGACUUGUAUAGCAAGCGGCCCGUCAUCUUCGCUGUUGACCCCGAUGUCGUCGUUCCCGGUGCUCCCAUGGCUACCAUGGAUGCCGUGAACAUGGACAGCGUCGACGUCAAGUUUGUUCAUGAGCAGCCUGCUCAGGAAACAAAGGCAGAUGACUCUGACCGAAGUACCUUUCUCAGAGACGUCUUCGGCGGAAUGAUCCAGGAUAUUCUUCCUGGACGCACGCUCAGCAAAAACUAAGAAUCAAGUGAAAACACGAAAGGAACGAUAGGGCGGAGUCUGGUUAUGCCAGCUACUCAUAAAGAGAGCUGAUGAUCUAUUAAGCGUUUUAAUCUGUUUAUGCGAAGCAAGAUGCGGUUGCAUCAAUUAAUAGCCCGUUACAAGAGGCUCCUGUGGCUAAGAACCAUCCUUUUUUUAUACAACGAUACACAAUGGUAAAGUGAAAGCCCAAGUGGCAGACUGGAAUCAAUACCGAUCCUUUGUUAUCCUUGCAACUCAAGCUUUAUAACUGUGAAUAAUGACUAUCAGAUCAUCGACGCAUUCGUCCACAAGCCCACUGACUCAUCUCCCUGCGUUACCAUAUGAUGAUAUGUGUGAAGUUGAAUGCCAUUGGAUACUAUGCCAGGUUUGUGUUGAU